AUGACGUCCUUUUCAUGGCUCUUCUUGUUGGCUUCCUGCCUUCUGUCGGCGGCCUGGAGCCAUCCUUUGGACGGCGUCGACAAUCUCCUUGACAGAGGUUUAGGGCACUCAUUCCCAGAAGCUUGUCAAGCCUCAACCAGGAACCCCCUGCAAGGCUGUCCAAAGGAUACAAUCCUCGUCUCAGCAACCCACAAAAAGGCCUCCUUCCGCAGCAUCCAAUCCGCAAUCAACUCUCUCCCGCACGACGAUUCAGCCCACACAAUCCUCAUCCUCUCCGGAAACUACACCGAACAACUCAACAUCACCCGCCCCGGCCCCAUAACACUCCUCGGCGAAACAAAUCACCCACAUGACGCGAACAAAAACACAGUCAAUAUCCUCUGGGCCGCCGCCUCCAGCCAAGGGAUAUACACGGAUAACGUCUACACGAGCGUUCUCAUCGUCGCGCCAACACUGAACGCCAGCCUAACCGGAUACGGACCAAGCGGUCUCCCCGUCCCCGAGGGGACGCCCUUUGGGUGUCGCGAUUUCAGGACGUAUAACCUCGAUUUCAGGAACGUGUACGCGGAGCAAUCGGCCGGACCCGCACACGCGCUCUCCUUCUCCCGCGCGAAUGGCGGGUUCUAUUAUUCGGGUUUCUACAGCUUCCAGGAUACAGUGUAUGUCGGGAAACUGGGGAACGCAUUCUUCUACUCGUCCAUCAUCGCGGGACAGACGGAUUUCCUCUACGGAUUCGGGACGGCAUGGGUUGAGAAAUCCUCGCUCCUCCUCCGCGGGUGCGGCGGCGGAAUCACAGCGUGGAAGGGGUCGAACACAACCUACGGGAAUAAAUUCGGCAUCUACAUCCACGACUCGACCAUCCACGCAGCAAACGCCUCCGUCGCUGAAAACAACGAAGGGAACUGCGCCCUCGGCCGGCCAUGGAAUAGCGGGCACAGAAGUAUCUUUGCGCGGAGCUACCUCGACGCGACGAUUCGGGGGAGCGGCUAUGUACUCUGGUCCGCACCGAUUACGGAGCAGACGCUUAUGGCGGAGUUUGAGAACUAUGGGCCGGGUUUCGAUGUUGAGGCGAGACGUGAGUGGAAUUAUAGUGUUUUGUUGGAUGCAGAGGAGUGGAGGGGCUAUAGUAGUCCCAGAAAGGUGUUUUUAAGCGAGAAUGGGGAGCAGGGGAAUAUUGGGUGGAUUGAUAGGCGAUAUAGAUGGUAG